AUGUCAUCCUCUAGAAAAUAUUUCAAAAGGAUCCCAAUAUAUAUAGUAGAUGGUCAUGAUGAGGUUCUACCAUUUAUAUAUCGGUGUUUGGGAUCGAAACAUCUUCCGUUCGAAGGAAAUACGUUCGUGCAUUUAGAUUCGCAUCCCGAUAUGCUUAUACCGAAGACAAUGUUGGCGAACACCGUAUGGGAUAAAAAUCAAUUGUUUAGUGAAAUUAGCAUCGAAAACUGGAUAUUACCUGCUGCGUACGCCGGUCACUUUAAGCACUUGAUCUGGGUCAAACCACCGUGGGCAAAUCAGAUGGUCGAUGGCGUGACAACCUUCUCCAUCGGCAAGCAUAAGGACAACGGAUCAAUAAGGCUCACGUGCCCCGAGCCCUAUUUCGUCAGCGAGGGCCUGUACGCUGCUCUCGAGGAGCUGGAGAACACGCGCGAAGUUACCCUACACGUGAUGACCAUUGGCAGCUUCAUCGAGGAUCCGUCCAAGAGAGACGAUUUCACCGCAGUCAGCGCAGCUUUGCGCCAUUAUCUGCCAGAACGAGAUACACCGUACAUUCUCGACGUGGAUCUGGACUUCUUCAGCACCAAGAAUCCCUUCAAAACGCUCCACGACCGCGUGAAUCUCUACGACAAACUGGCGCCUCUCUACGCUUUUCAUCGACCCGACUCGACAGAUCCUGAGGUGAGUCCAAAGAAACAGACGAUAUACGAUAAAAAUCAUUAUUCGACAAUCUUGUUGAAAAGACACGAUACUUAUCGCAAUAAUUGCAUGCAAGCAUCUACUAGUAACUGGGACUAA